CUCAAUUCGAGAGGAGAGAGCAAUCAUCCAAAAAUCGAUCUGGAACGAGCAGAGGUCUGUGAACUCGAGCUGUGAGAGUGCUGAGACUAUUUGGUCGAUAUCUCGAGUUUUACAAAUCCAAUUAAGGCGUGUGAGAUACCCACAGAAAGCUCUCAAGACGAGGAAUCCGUGAAGGUCUGGUUUGCAGGAAUCGGAGUUGUGGAAGGCUUCCAAAUCGUCCGAACAAAACACAACCUUGCAGGAGAGGAUUUAAUCUUCUAAAGAAUCGAGUUGGCCGGAAAACACCCGUUCUAGGGGCUGUUUUCGUAUCAACGAUUAAGGGUUGAACUAGCACUUUGAGGAGGCUGUUUAACACUCAUAUUUGAGCAAGGAAUCAGUCCCAAAUCCACCUUGACCAAAGAUUUGACCAUUGGACCAAGAAGGGAAAGUGUAAAGCUCAAUUGAGGUUGAGGCUAGAGCUUGCUUCCUGUGCUCGUUGCUCGAGAGAUCAUCUAGGAGCGAAGACUUGAAAUGGACCGUGGUGGCAAGGUAACUAGGAGGAACCCUUUGGGCCGUGCACCCGAGGAGACUGGGCAAGGCAGUCGUAGGACCUCUAGGGCAUCUAGAGGAGCGGGCCGUGGAGGCCAAUCACGGACCGUGAGUGACGGUCAUGUGAGCACUGAAAGUGACAGCUACUGGUCCUAUGAGGACUCGACCUAUCGACCGGAAACAGAACCGGUUGAAACCCCUUAUGAAGGGGAUGAUGAUGAUGUAAGUGAUGAGGAGGAAAAUGGCUCCUUGGCACGGAUUGAGGCGCUACUCCAACAGUAUCACCGUGAGCGUGAAGAGAGGAGGGAACGCCGAAGGCGCCGGGCUGGGCAACCUUCGGGCAUGGCUUCAAGAGGAGGAAGUCAUGGUGCAUCUAGAGUCCAUGUGGAACCACAUGGAGGCCAAAAUGAUGGAGGUCCAACCAUAAGGAUCUCCAAAUUCAUCAAAGAAGCAAGAGAUUUGGGGUGCAAACCCUUUGAUGGAGCUGGGGACAUUUCAGUUGCAGCACAAUGGAUCAAGAGGCUAAAUGAAGCAGCCCUUGACAUGCAAAUCGCGCCGAAUCUCAAACUGAGAAUUGCGGUAAGAUUGCUCGAGGGGAUGGCAUCCAAGUGGUGGGAUGGAACUAAGAGCAAGUACGGUGAGACCGUAGUUUGGGAGGACUUCCAACGGGAGUUCUUUGCCCAAUAUUAUUCUGAUUUUGAAGUAAACAAGAAGGUGAGGGAAUACACCCUCCUAACCCAAGGGGGUAACAUGACAGUGAAGGAACUUGAGUACAAGUUCCGGGAUCUCGCCGACUACAUACCGGAGUAUGCUUGCGACGAGAACCGAAUGGUGAACCACUUUUUGGAUGCUCUUGACUUGGAGAUACGUGAUAGGGCAACACAAUUGCCUAAUAUGACUUUCGCCCAAGUGGUUGACCAAGCGUUGAAGGGGGAGAAACAGUGGGAGGAGAGGAAGAAGAGAGACGCCGAGGAGGCGAAAAAGAGAAAGUGGGAGAGUCAUGGCUCCCAAGGUUCCAACAAAAAGGGGAACCACGGAGGAGGAUCUUUCCGGGCACCACCGCCACCAUCUAGGGGGAACCAAGGCCCAAGUGGGCAAGGCUCGAGGUCACAGACCUCAGUGGUAACUCGUUGCAACAAUUGCAAGAGGAACCAUUCCGGUAAAUGUCGCGACCCCCCUAGAUGUUUCCAAUGUGGGGAUGCCGGACAUUUGAAGGCGCAUUGCCCACAAUUGGGCGGGAUCAGGACAUCGGGACCGAGUAGUGGCCCGACGGGUACACGGAAUCAAACCGGGGCUUCUCAAGCAAGCCAGGGACACGGGGGAGCGAGUACGAGCAACGCGCCAUCCGUGAAUCAAGGAAGGACUCAAGCUCGAGUCUAUGCGAUGACGGAAGCGGAUGCUCGAGCGAACCCGGAUUCCAUUGCAGGUAUUUAUCUCAUUAGAGUGUGGUAUAUUAGCCUUACUUGUGUGUACACGUUUAGGGAUUAAGCCCCGAACAAUUUAGGAUCACGUGGGGAUGUUUAAAGUUAAAAUGUACAAAAAAAGGGGGCAACCGGUGCCGGAAACCCACUAACCGGCGCCGGAGAUGGCGAUUCGGUGAGCCUGUUUGGAACCGGCUCUCUCCAACCGGCGCACAACAAAGCAUUUUUCCAGCCAACCGGCGCCGGACACCCCCUAACCGGCGCCGGAUCUGCCCUGGGACGAGCCUGUGUGCGACCGGCCCUCCAUAACCGGCGCUGUUAGCCUGGAAACCUACCCAACCGGCGCCGGAAACCCACCAACCGGCGUCGGACCUUCCCUGGAGCAAAGCCUGUAUGGAACCGGCCCAUUAUGACCGGUGCAGCCGGGACGUUUAACCCGGGCAACCGGCGCCGGUCAGGCCUGAACCGGCGCCGGUCCGAAGCUGUUUUCGUCCGAAAAUUUUUCGGAUUAAAACGGGACCCACCCCGUUUGAACGGUAAAUGCACCCUAACUCUAAAUAAAGUUUAGACAUGUUAGGAAUGGUGUCUUACAUGGCUUAUAAAUGUAGGAACAUUAAAGAUUAAUGGGAAGGAUGCACGAAUCCUUAUCGAUACCGGAGCGCAACGUUCAUUCGUGAGUGAGGCGUUCGCCGAGGAUUUAGGGGUACAAUCAAUCCCAAUGACGCAAACUCUAGUGGUAUCAACACCACUAGGGGAUGACAUUGAAAGAGCUACUUACUAUCCAUCUUGUGAGGUGGAAAUCGAUCGCCAAACCUUGACGUGUGAUUUCGUACCGCUGAGUAUGAUGGAGUUCGAUGCAAUCUUAGGGAUGGAUUGGCUAGAAAAGCAUCAUGCUAGGGUAGAUUGCUACACAAAGGUUUUGGAACUCGAAGGCAACGAUGGGGACACCCUACGCUUCGAGGGGGAUCGAGGCAAAUCCAACAGUUGUAUCAUAUCCGCUGUGAGAGCGAGAAGUAUGAUAAGAAAGGGGUGCCACGCAUAUCUAGCAUACGUGGUUGACAAAACCAAGGAGGAAACAAACAUCGACGACGUGAGGGUGGUUUGUAAGUAUCCGGAUGUCUUUCCUAAAGACCUACCGGGGCUUCCACCUGAUAGGGAGAUUGAAUUUGUGAUCGAGGUUGAGCCUGGUACCAAACCAAUCUCCAUAUCGCCAUACCGUAUGGCACCCGCUGAACUUAACGAGUUGAAAACCCAAUUGCAAGAGCUUUUGGAUAAUGGUUUCAUUAGACCAAGCCACUCCCCGUGGGGAGCACCCGUUCUUUUUGUGAAAAAGAAAGAUGGGACACUUCGAAUGUGUAUUGACUAUCGUCAACUGAACAAGGUCACAAUCAAGAAUAGGUAUCCCUUGCCUAGAAUUGAUGACUUGUUUGACCAACUACGAGGGGCAACCGUGUUUUCGAAGAUUGACUUGAGGUCGGGGUAGCAUCAAUUGAAGAUUAAGGAGGAUGACAUACCAAAGAGUGCUUUCCGCACAAGGUACGGGCAUUUUGAAUUCCUUGUUAUGUCGUUUGGGUUAACAAACGCCCCGGCGGCAUUCAUGGACUUGAUGAACCGAGUAUUUCAUAAAUACUUGGACCGAUUCGUGAUUGUGUUCAUAGAUGACAUCUUGAUUUACUCCAAGAGUGAAGAAGAACAUGAGGAGCACUUGAUACUUGUCCUCGAGACACUACGGGAAAAGCAACUCUAUGCCAAAUUUUCUAAAUGUGAAUUUUGGCUAAAGGAAAUUGGAUUUCUCGGGCAUGUGGUUUCUGGAUCGGGAAUUGCUGUUGACAACAAGAAGAUAGAAGCCAUUACCGAAUGGGAGAGGCCAAAGAACGUCAAGGAAAUUCGUAGUUUCCUUGGAUUGGCAGGCUACUAUAGGAAGUUUGUGGAAAAGUUCUCUGUUUUGGCAUCACCAUUGACGAAGCUCACUCGUAAAGGGGCUAAGUUUGUAUGGGAUGACAGAUGUGAGAAGGGGUUCAUGGAACUAAAGAAGCGAUUGACCGAGGCACCGGUACUUGCAUUACCCAAACAGGGUGUGGGGUACGAUGUCUAUAGCGAUGCGAGCAUCCAAGGGCUCGGAUGUGUACUGAUGCAGAAUGGGAGGGUAAUCGCCUAUGCUUCACGACAGUUGAAGAAGCAUGAGGUGAAUUAUCCUACUCAUGAUUUGGAGCUGGGGGCAGUGGUGUUUGCACUGAAGAUAUGGAGACAUUAUCUCUACGGGGAGACAUGUCACAUAUACACUGAUCACAAAAGCUUGAAAUACGUGUUUACUCAGAAAGAGCUAAACAUGAGACAGAGACGGUGGAUGGAGUUGAUAAAAGACUACCAUCUAGUGAUAGAGUAUCACCCCGGCAAGGCAAACGUGGUAGCAGAUGCUUUGAGCCGGAAGAGCUCGUCUGGGACAUUGCUAGCUAAUUUGAGGGCAUUAAGAGCCCAACUGGAGGUAUCCAGCGAUGGUGCCUUAUUGGCACGAUUUGAGGUGAGACCUACUUUACUUGAUGAGAUCAAGAGGGGUCAGGAAACCGACGAGGAAAUGAUGAAGAUCCGGGAACGCAUGCAAGCGGGACCGGUGGAGGACUUCAGAGAAAGAGAUGACGGUCUCUUAUUAUUUCGUGACCGAGUGUGUGUACCGGCGGAUGAUGAGCUCCGAAAGUCCAUCUUAGAGGAGGCUCAUUCAUCGGCUUAUGCCAUGCACCCGGGGGGCACGAAAAUGUACCGUGAUUUGAAAGAAAGUUACUGGUGGUCUGGAAUGAAGAGGGAAAUAGCCGAGUACAUCAGUCGAUGCCUUACUUGCCAACAAGUUAAGGCAGAACAUCAGCAUCCAGCAGGCUUGUUACAACCACUCUCCAUCCCUGAAUGGAAGUGGGAGCACGUGACUAUGGAUUUCGUGGUAGGCUUACCACGGACUAUCAGGAACUAUGACGCGGUUUGGGUCGUUGUGGAUAGGCUCACAAAGAGUGCACACUUCUUGCCUAUCAACACUACCUACCCACUUGAGAGGUUAGCCAAAUUGUAUACGGAUGAGAUCGUGAGGCUGCAUGGGGUCCCGGUGACCAUUGUAUCUGAUAGAGACCCACGAUUCACAUCACGUUUUUGGCCGAAAUUCCAGGAGUCUAUGGGAACGAAGUUGAAGUUCAGCACUGCUUUCCAUCCACAGACGGAUGGGCAGUCUGAAAGGGUUAUACAGAUCCUAGAAGACAUGCUGAGGGCUUGUGCAUUGGAGUUCCAGGGGAGUUGGGACAACCACUUAGCACUUGUGGAGUUUGCCUAUAACAACAGUUAUCAGGCAAGCAUCGGCAUGCCUCCAUACGAGGCAUUGUAUGGGAGGAGGUGUCGUACACCGUUAUGCUGGGACGAGGUUGGCAUGGCCAAACUCGAGGGUACUGAGUUGGUGGAGGUCACCAAAUCAAAGGUGAAGUUGAUUCGAGAGAGACUCAAGGCGGCUCAGGAUAGACAAAAGAGUUAUGCAGAUAAGCGUCGAAGAACCUUAGAGUUUAAGGUUGAUGACGAGGUAUUCUUGAAAGUUUCUCCUUGGAAAGGGAUCAUUCGGUUCCAAACCCGAGGAAAACUUAACCCACGAUAUAUAGGUCCAUUCAGAAUUAUAGAGAGGAUUGGGGCCGUUGCAUAUCGUCUACAAUUGACUCCUGAGUUAGAGAAGAUACAUAAUGUGUUUCAUGUAUCCAUGCUUAAGAAGUACGUGCAUGAUCCCUCUCACGUAUUGGAGAAGCCACCUGUAGAGGUACGUGAGGAUUUGAACUACGCUGUUCAACCUAUCAAAGUCACCGAUAGAAAGGUGAAGAAGCUGAGGAGCAAAGAAGUCCCAAUGGUUAAAGUCCUGUGGAAAAGCGAUCGGGUCGAGGAAGAGACAUGGGAAACGGAGGCUUUGAUGAGGAAGCAGUAUGCUUUCCUAUUCGAGUAGAGCUGUGAAUUUCGGGGACGAAAUUCCUGUUAAGGGGGGGUGAACUUGUGACACCGCACCCGAACGUCCUUGAAAAUUCGAUUUAAAAAUUCAAAAGUGAUGUAUUGAAUUUCCGAUUUCAAAGCAAUGGAAGAAACGAUUAAUAUUUUACGAAGUACAUGAUUGAAUAUUGUAUUGUUCAAACCCGCAUUCUUUUGGUAAUUUUCAUCAUGUAAAUUAUUGGGAUGAGCCUACACAUAUUGGAGAUCAAUAAUGUGACCUUGGAAGUUGACUUGUUCUAAAUAAAUUAGGAUGAGCACAAAAAGACAUCUUUUGACAAAGAUAAAACAAUAGGGUCCAUCUUUUCAUUUUUUGGAAGUAUUGAUAGAUAUUUCGGACCCCAAAUCUAUUGGGAUCAAUAGGGGUGCGUCCCAUACACAUUGACACCUGCAAGACAAAAGAAAAUAAGUGUUAGGAGUAGGGAUGGACGGAUAAAAAUGAAGGGGGGCUGCACAAGACAUGAAGGACAUCCAAGAGGGGCCACCUAGUCCAUUUUCGCACAAAAAGAUGGUGCUGGUUGUCUCCCUCCAUGUGUGAUGUUAUACUUGACCAAAUGAGGUGUAUAAGGUGUCCUUGGAUAGCUUUUGAAGUCUAUUUUUAUAAUUGAGUGGUCUCAAUUCGAGAGGAGAGAGCAAUCAUCCAAAAAUCGAUCUGGAACGAGCAGAGGUCUGUGAACUCGAGCUGUGAGAGUGCUGAGACUAUUUGGUCGAUAUCUCGAGUUUUACAAAUCCAAUUAAGGCGUGUGAGAUACCCACAGAAAGCUCUCAAGACGAGGAAUCCGUGAAGGUCUGGUUUGCAGGAAUCGGAGUUGUGGAAGGCUUCCAAAUCGUCCGAACAAAACACAACCUCGCAGGAGAGGAUUUAAUCUUCUAAAGAAUCGAGUUGGCCGGAAAACACCCGUUCUAGGGGCUGUUUUCGUAUCAACGAUUAAGGGUUGAACUAGCACUUUGAGGAGGCUGUUUAACACUCAUAUUUGAGCAAGGAAUCAGUCCCAAAUCCACCUUGACCAAAGAUUUGACCAUUGGACCAAGAAGGGAAAGUGUAAAGCUCAAUUGAGGUGAGGAUUGACAUCUAAUUGCUUACAACUUGUAGGUUAAGCAUGAGAUUACCUAAAUGCUUAAAUCAUGAUUUUUCAUGGAUUAUGAUGACUAUAUAUUGAUGAAAUAUUGAUAUAGUUGCCAAAGAAUGAAUUUGGAAUGAUUUGAGAAAGUAUGAAUAAUAUGAGAUUAAAUGAGUGUAAAUGAACUAUUUUGUGAAAGUGGGCAUUUUGCUCAUGUAUGAAUCAUGUGGAUACAUAAAUGAAUAUUUGUGUAUUGAGAUUGAAUACUUAAGUUGCUGCUACAUAAUUAUAAAUAUGUAGAGAAUUACAAACAAUGAGGAUAAUGGUACGAUAACAAUAAUCUUAAUAGUAUUGGAAUACUAGUUAGUGAUUAUUGGAACUUGUUGAUUAAAUUGAUCCUAGGGAUUGGAUUGUAUGAAAGGUACUUGAAUGUAGUUCAAGUGUAUAUGAUAACUUAGUAUGGAACUAAGGUUAAGUUAUGGGGAGUCUUUAAGGAUGACCCAUGGUAGUUUAAUGAUAUGUCAAUUCUAGGCAUAGGGUUGCUUGAGAAUUGGACCUUAAUGCAUGGUGAUGUGAUAGAGCCGAGCUCUAGAAUGCAUGUAAGGUGUAGACUUGGAGUCUAUGUAUUGUAUCGCUAGAGCCGAGCUCUAGGACUUGCGUGGUGAUGUGAUAGAGCCGAGCUCUAGAACGCAAGGUAGGGAGAUUGACCCGAGGUAUAUGAAUUGUAUGGUGAUGUGGUAGAGCCGAGCUCUAGAAUACAAUGUCAUGUACUAGGGUUGGACUCUAGGAGUUGUCGUGGCUUAUAGUCACGGGGUUGGGAAUGGUGAUUUCCAAAUGAACAUGGGCCCACGGGCCGGCUACUUGACUUUUAUAUAAAGUAAGUAUAUUUUUAAACGGGGUAACUUAGGGUUACAAUCAUAAUAUACUAUCACCCUAUUUGAGGGUCUUGUGUUUGAAAUACUUGUUGUAUAUCUAUUAGAUGCCUGCCACACCAGCACUUUAUAGCCCUAUAGAGUGCUGACCCCUUCGGGGGCGUCCCACCACCAUUUUUCAGGUUGAGGCUAGAGCUUGCUUCCUGUGCUCGUUGCUCGAGAGAUCAUCUAGGAGCGAAGACUUGGUUCGUGCUUCCUCCAUUCGGAUUUUAAACAUUAAUAAACAUGCUCAUGGAUAUUUUAUUAUAGAGCUUGCGUGCUCAUGAAUAGCCCUGUGUGGCCCUUUUGUUUUAAACAAUGUUUUCCGCUGCUUUAUGAAUUACUUAUUAUGUUGUUUAUGGAUGACUUGUGUGUGAAUGAUAUUCAUGACGCCUUGUAUAAUAUGAAUGUGUUGGACUGCGGUUGACUAUUCGUAUUGUACGGCGGGUUGUUGACGUGUCCGGGGAGGUCCGGGGCGUGACAGAUAGCCAUAACAUUCUCCCUCGGGUUGACUUCCGUUGUAGUAGGAAAUCUACCAUGCUCCCUAGUUGUCCUUUCUUGAGCAAGUUGGCCAAUUUGAACCUCCAAGUUAUGAAUAGAGGACUUGGUAUAUUGUUCAAUAUUGUCCAUGCGUUGAUUUAGCUUCCGGUUUUGAUCUUCAAAACGCAUGUCAAGUUUAGUGAAUUGAUUGUGGAGAUUCCUAAUGGAUGCCUCCAUUCUACUAUGAUUUUCUUCAUUUUGAGUUUUGAUGCUAGCAACAUUUUUUGUGAGAAGCUUCAUCAUCUCCUCCAUAGCAGACUCUUGCGAUUGCCCAAAUUUGGGGGCUCCGGGUUGAAGGUUUGAAGAACUCCCUUGUGCCCUAUAAUUGUUUCCUUGGUUGUACCUUUGUUGGUUGAUGUUGGAAAAAUUAUUUCCACCUUGAUUUGCCCGG